UUUUUGCCGAUCUGUUCACUCCUCCUCCUCACAGAAUCGGUGCCGAUAACUGAAAAUCUAGGUUUUCUCGGUUCAUGCCGAACGCCCAGGUCAUUAGCACAUACUCGAGCUGAGCCCUAAAACCUAGCGUGCCCUUGAAUCCACCAUGAAUCGACGGAUCCGUUAUUCUUCAACCUCUGGAGAAGAAACAGAUUACUUUGGUCGGAUCCCUUUUGAUCUUAAUAUCUUGUCGAGAUUGCCGGUGAAGUCUUUAGGUCGAUGUCGAUGCGUAUCGAAGCUCUGGUCGUCCCGAAUUCGCUUUCCAAAUUACAACCAGUUGUUCCCGAUCAAGUCCACUGCUCCACCGCGGAUCCUUUUCACCAUCGAGUAUAAAGGAGAUAUGUACUUUUACUCUUCACCUCAGCCUCACAAUCCGGAUCAGAACACGUCUCUUGUAGCCACCCUUCAUCACAGGACUCGCGACACAAAGUUCUACGAUAUAUGUGGUCCUGUCUGCGGACUGGUGUGUCGUCAGUAUAAUUCAGUGGGGGUGAUCGUUAAUCCCAUCACAGGUGAGUCUUUAAAGUUGCCCAAACUGAGUUUGGAGGAAGGUGCUAAGUCAGAGUGGCUAUUCGGUAAAGCAAAAUAUUCUUUUGGGUAUGAUCCAAUCGAGAAACAGUCUAAGGUAUUGUGUAUCACCUGGUUGCCUAGUAGUAGUGGCUCACAGAACUUGUCCGAUGAGUAUCAAGUUCUCACAUUAGGGUCUGGAAGCAAAAAUCUCUUGUGGAGAAAGAUCCAAUGUUGCAAAAAUUCAUUUUUUUUUUAA